AUGUCAACUUGUCAAUAUGAGUACCUUUUCUUCCGCAUCGCCAAAGACAAUGCGAUCGCGUCGUCGGCUACAAAGUACAAACAGCUGCGCCUCCAGGCCUUAUCCGUUGCACCGACUUCAUUUUCAUCUACUCACGAGAUCGAAUCUUCCCUCCCGGAUACUGAAUGGGUUGACCGAAUCUCAGAGAACGGAAGGGAGAUUUUCAUAUGCGCUGCGAAACCCACAAAAACCAGUCAAUCAAAUUCGCAAAUCCCAGAACAGACCACGUGGGUAGGCCAGUUGACUUUACGAGGCCCACUCAGCCCAGAAGACUUUAUUCUACCUGAGGAAUCCGGUCAGAAAAAGCCCGCAGAAGGCAAGGACCAGGAGCUUUGGCAGAUGCUCAGCUUGUUUACUCUGCCCGACCACCGUGGUCGCGGAUUAGGGAAGAGGCUGUGUCAGGAGGCGUUGAGUUACUUAGCCUCAUAUAAGGACUCUCCACGUGAGCUCUGGGUGCGGUUGAUGGUAAAGCCAGAGAACCAUGCAACAGUCAGCUUGUAUCGGGGCCUAGGGUUUGCGGAGGCUGGAAAGUGUACUCUCGCUGAGGCAUUGGUUGCGAACGGAGACAAGGAUCUGCUACCAGAAAAUAUCACUGGGGAGAAGUAUACGUCGAGAAGUGGGUUGAUCAUGAUGUUAGAGAUUCGUCGCUCGUGA